GAGGGGGUCCCGUGAAGGUGCCCACGGCAGCGGAGGCCAUGCUGUGCUAUGUGACGAGGCCCGAUGCGGUGCUCAUGGAGGUGGAGGUGGAGGCCAAAGCCAACGGCGAGGACUGCCUCAACCAGGUUUGCAGGAAAUUGGGGAUUAUAGAAGUCGAUUAUUUUGGACUGCAGUUUACGGGUAGCAAAGGUGAAAAUCUAUGGCUGAAUCUAAGAAACCGGAUCUCACAGCAGUUGGACGGACUGGCCCCUUACCGACUGAAACUAAGAGUCAAGUUCUUUGUGGAGCCACAUCUCAUAUUGCAGGAACAGACGAGGCACAUGUUUUUCUUGCAUAUAAAGGAAGAUCUUUUGGCGGGCAAUCUUCAGUGCUCCUCAGAACAUGCCGAUGAACUCAGUGCCCUCUUGGCUCAGUCAAAAUUUGGUGACUACAUUCAGAAUACUGCUAAGUACAGCUAUGAAGAGUUGUGUGCAAAAGAGCUAUCUUCUGCUGCCUUAGACAGCAUUACCACAAAGCACAAGGAGCUGGAAGGCACAAGUCAGGCCUCCGCUGAAUAUCAGGUCUUGCAGAUUGUGUCAGCAGUGGAGAACUAUGGUGUCGAGUGGCAUUCUGUGAGGGACAGCGAAGGGCAGAAACUUCUCAUAGGUGUUGGACCCAAAGGGAUUUCUAUCUGUAAAGAUGAUUUCAGCCCAAUUAACAGGAUUGCUUAUCCCGUGGUCCAAAUGGCCACCCAAUCUGGAAAGAACGUGUACCUGACUGUCACCAAGGAGUCCGGCAACAGCAUCGUUCUCUUGUUUAAAAUGAUCAGCACCAGGGCAGCUAGCGGACUUUACCGAGCAAUAACAGAAACCCAUGCCUUUUACAGAUGUGACACAGUGACCAGUGCUGUCAUGAUGCAGUACAGUCGUGAUUUAAAGGGGCACCUGGCAUCACUGUUCCUAAACGAAAACAUUAACCUCGGCAAAAAAUAUGUCUUCGACAUCAAGCGCACAUCCAAAGAGGUGUACGACCAUGCACGGCGAAUGCUGUACAAUGCUGAGGUGGUGGAUCUGGUUCCUUGGCGUGGCCCGAGCCCCCUGAGCUCGCCCCUGAAAUCAUCCGAAAAUGGCAGGAACUGUGGCAGCUGUGAGGGCCUCAGCUGCCAGCAGACCAAAGCACUCCAAGACAAGUUACAAAAUCUCAAAGAAGCCAUGCUCUGUAUGGUGUGCUGUGAGGAAGAAAUCAAUUCGACCCUCUGCCCCUGUGGUCACACUGUGUGCUGCAAGAAGUGUGCAGGCCAACUGCAGGCGUGUCCCGUGUGCAGAUCUCAUGUAGAACACGUGCAGCACGUGUAUCUUCCAACCCACACCAGCCUACUCAACCUGACGGUGAUAUGAUUCAGUGGACUGAUGCAUCCAUUCGACGCACCUGUAUUUCUAUGAACAGCACUCUUAGGGACUAGAAAAACCGAUUGAGAAGAAAGCAAUCAGCCCCAGCAUCUGUCUCCAGUAAAUCGGGGGAGGAAAAAGCAAACAAACAUAUUUUGGGGGCCGAAACCAACUGAAUUUCAGGUGCCCCAGAAGAAAGUUAUGGGAUAACUUUGCGGAACUAAUACCUGAAACUGUAUUAUAGACAAAUACCUUAUUUUUCUGAAAUAAGGAAAUGACUUUCCUCCUGAUGUCUGUUAAAUGUCCCAUUGCCAGAAAAAAAAACCAAAAUGGGUAACUAGAAAUUGUGUUGCAGGUCUGUUUAAUGUAUGUCGAAGAGGGAACUCUACUUGUAGUUUAAUGUAUUUUAUAAGAAUUUCUUUUGGUUUCUUUGUUGUGCUCACUCCAUGCAUUUUUAAUAGGAAGUCCACCUUUUUUAAAUAAUGAAUGUAAUCGUUUAAUGUCAUGAUGAUUUCUGCUUUUAGUCAUUUUUUAAGAAGUGGGAUAGAGGGUACUUUAAAAGAAAAUCUAUAAAGUGGAUUUUAAUCCCAACAGCAAAAACCAUUGGAUUUAAUUAUCCGAGAAAAGAAAUGACUCCAUAUAGGGUGGAUUUUUUUUUUUAAUUCGGCACAUUGAGUCUCUAGCAAUCGAUGGCUCAGUCAGGUUGGUCUCCAGUCGUUGAGUCGUUCUGGGAAGUUGAUUAGGUUGCCUGGUGCAGAUCCAAAGAGGAGAGUGUUUCCCAAGAAAGAGGACAAAUUGCACAGCCCUAGAGACCCUUCCUCACGACUGCCGCAUAUUCUGCCAACCCCUCAUCCUCCCUCGCUAUCUCCAGCCUCACCUAUGUGGCUCAACUUUAUGCUUGAGCUCUCCUAAAUUCCUUAAGCAUUGUCGGUUGAAAAAAAAAAACCUAGCGUAUCAACUUCUGGGUUGUCUCCUUUCUGCAUUUUGGAGGGGCUUGUGUUUCAGCGUAUUUCUUUUACAUAUAAAUAUAUAUAUAUGUUAAAAAAAAACCCACCCUUUACCCCACGUGGGCAUUUUAGACUCUGAUCACUAGUGGGGUCUCUAGGAUUGUAGAGAAACCUAGAAGGCCUGACUGGGUGCAAUACUAGCUAAAGUAAAGCUAGAAAAUGACACUGUCACUUUACUGAGAUUUUUCCGAGUAUACUUUUCAUAUUGCCUUAAUGUAGCAGCAUUGUGUUUAUGCAUUUGUUUCUUUGCAUGGACAUUUUGUCAAAAUAUUAAAAACUCUACUUUUUUAUAACAUAUAAACCUUAUUCUGAGAGGUAUUUAUUUUUUCACUUGUAAAAAAAUGUGUUUCCACAUAAACAACUCUGUUCUCUAUAUCUCAGAUAACUUGUGUCUUUUUAUAUUCAAGCUAAUAAAGGCUUUAAAGCAAAUAUA